AUGGGAGACAUUAAACUUUCACAGCCUUAUCAAUGUAAGCACUGUUCUUUAUGUAACUGGCAGCAACUUCAGCCAGAAAUAAGAAUAGCCCAGUGUCCUCUGUAUCGCCAACACAAAGAGCCAGAGGCCAGGAAUGCUGCCAGGAUGAACCAGGAAAAGCCCUGCCCCAGCCCUCGGGACAGACUGCAGGUGCUUGAGGCUCCUUGGAUCCCAAGUAUUCAUUUAAGGCCACAGUAUAACUUGGAGCGGCUCAGUUGUGACUUUCAACACAGUUCCAGAGAGCCCAGGAGGAGGCUUGUUUCAUGGCUAGAGUCUGGAAAUGGUUGCAUCUUUGUCUUUCUGUAUAUAUGUGGCAGUCCUGACAGUGGAGGCGGUUACUGCGAAUUGGAUAUGAACGGGUGUCGGCUGAGCAGAGGUUCUGCCUCUCAAGAGGAACUGAGUGCUGUUGGCAUUCAACACACCGCAGAGACCAGCAAUCUUGCACCUCACCUCACAGCACGGACAGAGGAGACCAAGCCUAAGAGAACCAGGAAUGAAAAGGUUUUCAACUGCUUAUACAAAAACCCUGAGGCAACUUUUAUGCUGAUUUGCUUUCCCUGGGUAGCAGGUGGCUCAGUUCAUUUUGCCAAAUGGGGCCAAGAUACUCAUGAUUCACUGGAAGUGCACUCCUUAAGGCUUCCUGGAAGAGAAAGCCGAAUUGAAGAACCUUUUGCAAAUGACAUCUCCCAGUUAGUUGAUGAAGUUGUUCAUGCUCUGCAGCCAGUCAUCCAGGAGAAACCAUUUGCAUUUUUUGGCCACAGUAUGGGAUCCUACAUUGCUUUUAGGACUGCACUACACNAUCAACAGUUUUCAGUUUAUGAGCCAAGUGUGUUAUAUGAAAUAUCAGGCCUGUGUUGUUGUUCAUGUUUCAAGUCAAAGGCCUGGCCUCGCAUUCCCAAAGAAGAUGAAUUGUCAGAAGAACAAAUGCAUCAUUACCUUAAGGAAUUUGGAGGCACCCCUAAGGAUUUUGUUGAAGAAAAGGAACUUGUGCAACAAUAUAAACCCAUGAUAAUGGCAGAUCUGAACGUUGUUAGUAGUUGCACUUCUAACAUACCAUCUAAGGCUGUUCUUUCUUGUGACUUAACAUGUUUUGUUGGAUCUGAAGACAUAGUAAAGGACGUGGAAGCCUGGAAAGAUGUAACCAGUGGAAAUACUAACAUUCACCAGCUUCCAGGGGAUCACUUUUAUCUUCUGGAUCCUGCCAACGAGAAAUUAAUCAAGAACUACAUAGUCAAGUGUCUAGAAGUAUCAUCACUUGCCAAUUUUUAG